AUGUUUGGGAAGGGCAAUCAAGACUGUCAGUCCUAUGCGAAAUUUGUCACAACAGUAGCAAAACAGCUCGGCAAGAAGUCACCCUCUAUCCAGCAGUCGAUCGAUGAUGCACUUAGGUCGGAUCCAUCGAUACUUGACAAGGGACUGGAAGAUCAAUGGAAUAGUCUGGUCUUAGAACCACUGGCUCAUUUCCCGAAGACCCAAAUGUCAUUCCUUUUGGUCAUUGAUGCGCUAGACGAAUGUACGGACGGCGAAUGGCUCCUCCGCAAACUUUUACAAAAAGAAUCAACUGGUCUCCGAAUCCUCAUUACCAGCCGGCCGCAUCUCUUGCCCCCCGAUUCAAGUGACACUCGGUAUCAUCACAUUGUCUUACAUGACAUUGAACCUGCUAUCGUGAACCGAGACAUUCGUUUGUUUUUCCAAAUGGCUGUGAAUCCACGCCGACAUGGUUGGCCAGACGCAAGUUCUCUCGAGCUACUGAUGCACAAAGCAAACGGAAUAUUUGAGUGGGCCGCUCUGGCUUCUCGCUUUCUUAAUAAGUCGAAGGGAGUUUAUAAGACCAAUCUGCAAAAGCUGUUAGGGGAUGGAGUAUCUCAUCCCCCACAAAGAGCACUAAGUGUUCUCUAUCUGACAAUUCUCGACGACUAUGUGAAAUCGCAAGAGUGGGAGCCAGAUUCCCACUUUACCUGUUGUGGCAUCUUGCGACGUUAUCUCGGCAGCUUAGUGGUUCUGUUUGACCAGUUGUCUCCGCGCUCCUUUUAUAAACUGAUCGCCAGUGACACAGAUGAUAUUGACGUGCAUGAUAUUCUGAGUAAUUUGAAAUCUAUUAUUGAUUUCCCGAAUGAUGAAGAGAACAGCAUUGACAAAAUCCGCAUUCAUCACUCCACCUUCCGGGAAUUCCUUUUGGAUAGGGAACUGUGCACCGACGAUACGUUCUAUGUCGAUAAAAGGGCAGCGCACAAAGUCGUGUUGAACGGCUGCUUGGAUCUUCUUUUGAAAACAUUAAAAAGAGGUAUCUGUCAGUCUGACGACCCGUCUUUCGAUCAUGCAACAGCUCCAUCUUAUCCACGACAGGCGAUCACCCCUGAAAUCCAAUAUGCAUGUCUGAACUGGGUCGCGCACCUGAUAGAGUGCGGUGGGACUUUCUACGAAAAUGCGACUAUAUCUCGACUUCUUCUCAAUCAUUCACUUCAUUGGCUGGAGGUUCUAGGGUGUAUGGGAAGAUCCGUCGAGGCAUUGAAUGCAUUGGAGAAUUUGUCAUCAUUGGCAAAGGCAUGUCCCUGUGCUCCUCUCAAAAUCGAUUUUCUCUAA